AUGAAGUUUGGCAAGCAGCUCGAGAUCUCGGCGAAUCCGGAAUGGCGCGACCACUACGUGCAGUACAAGCGGCUGAAGCGGCUGAUCAAGCGCGUGGCCUUUGAACUGGAGAAGCAGCAGAACGCGCAGAAAAAGCUGCAGCACAAGAUGGAGCUCAGCAGCGGCGGCAGCAGCAAUAGUGCCACACGUGACGUGCCGCUGCAAGUGCUCGUGGACGAGACGCACCCGCUGCUAAAGAGCGUCGGGGACGAGGUGCAGGACGCAAAGGAUCAGUUCUGGGAGGUGCUGGACGCCAACCUCGAGAUCGUGAAUGACUUUUACGUGGGCAAGAUCAAGAGUCUCACGCGAUCGAUCGGGGACUUUGAGGCUUUGAUUGAGGACGAAAAGAUAUCGACGGGACACGUGCACACGCGCACGCGCACGCACUCCCAGGCAGACCGCGGCUUUGCAGCGCUGCAAGAGAUCUAUGACAAGCUGGUGGAUUUGCGCACGUUUGUGCAGAUCAACCACUCGGGGUUUCGGAAGAUUGUCAAGAAGUUUGACAAGACCAUGAAAUCACAUACGCAGGAAGCGUUCAUGGAACGACUGACCAACGAACGCUUUUACGCGUCUACCGAUAUCGACAAGCUGCUGGAACGCGUGGCUGGACUGACGUCAAAGGACAAGCUGGAAGCAGGGAAUAUGGAGCGCCGGAUGCAACGAAUGCAGGGCGACCAAAACUCGCUCCUUCGCAAGGUGAAACUCGUCCCCUUUUGUAUCUCGGUAGCAGUAUUUGUGCUUUUACUGCUCUUUCGUAUCACCCCUAAAGGGGAGGAAGUGCAGCAACGAUGUUUGGCGAUGCUCGUCUUCAUUACGAUGCUAUGGGUGACUGAGGCACUUCCAUAUUUCGCUACGGCACUCCUUGUUCCGCCACUUGUGGUGUUCCUGGAAAUUCUGAACGAUAAGGCACACCCCGACACGCUGCUCACAGCUCGGCAAUCCGCUAAGGAGGUGAUGUCAAUGCUCGUCAAUCACACGACCAUCCUGAUUAUGGGCGGUUAUUCCAUCUCGGCAGCAUUCGCGAAGUGUCAAAUCGAGCUCUAUAUUGCUGCCUUCUUGCAACGUCGAUUCAAGAAAAGCCCAAACUUGUUCCUGCUUGCAAUUAUGCUCAUGGGACUGUUUUUGUCGAUGUGGAUCAGCAAUCACACUGCCCCGGUGCUGUGUGUAUCGGUCUUGCUUCCAAUUAUCCGAGACUUUCCCACGAAUAGCGUUUAUGUGAAGACGCUUCUAAUCGGCUUAGCUUUUGCCUGCAACCUCGGCGGAAUGAUGACCCCCAUUUCUUCACUGCAGAACACACUAGCCGUGUCAUUUUUGGAGAAAGCUGGAUACACCAUCACGUUUGGUCAGUGGAUGGCCAUGGCAGUCCCGUUUUGCACCAUUGGCACGAUCAUGUGCUGGCUGUUCUUGCUGUGGGUCAUGGACCCCCGAGACGCCACAUAUAUUCCGCAGAUCGUUUACGAUCAAAAGCAACAGAUCAGCAGUCUCCACGUUGUCGUCGUUUCUAUGACGCUGCUUACCAUUUUCUUGUGGGCGUCGUUCUCGGUGACAAGCGCAACUUUCGGUGACUUAGGCAUAAUCUCGUUGAUGUUCAUGUUCGUCAUGUUCGGCACGGGUAUGCUGAGCCAAUUCGACUUCAACUCGUUUUCUUGGCACAUCCUUUUCCUCAUUGGUGGUGGCAACGUACUUGGAGAUGCUGUUCAACGUUCAGGACUUCUCGACACUUUGAGCAAGUCGGUCAUCCACGCGCUGCCGUCUGGAAGCGUCUGGAUGGUCACGGUCUCUUUGUGCGGCUUGGUGGUUUGUCUAACUACUUUCGUCUCGCACACAGUCGCUUCAAUCAUCCUUCUACCAAUAAUCGUUCAAAUGGCAAUUGAGAUAGGGCACCCACACAUUCCUGUGAUCUGCUGUGCGCUGGCGAUAUCUGCCGCGAUGGCGCUCCCGUUCUCAUCUUUUCCGAACAUCAAUUCGCUGCUGGUUCUGGACGACCAUGGCCAGCCAUACCUGGAAGUAAAGGAUUUCCUCCGCGUUGGAGUAGCGUUCUCGCUCGUAACGAUGGCAUUGAUUGUCAGUCUCGGCUACGGACUCAUUGUGCUCGUGCUUGGAUACGACAUCAAUCCGACCCCAAUGGGACUUUAA